AUGAGUGGCGGACGUCAGCUGUUGGACACAUCAAGGAGAAGCUGGUCAGUCGAUGAAGGUGAGCAGAUGGCUCGACGAUGGGGGAACAGCAUCGCGAAGACACGAUUCGCACUAGAUACGACGAUGGGCUGA